AACUAGAAAAUAUUCAGUGUAGAAAAGUCAAAAAUGCCAAAAUGCCCGUCGUUGCAAAACAUUAGUUUUUGCUGGAAUUGCCUUAAAAUAAACGAUAAAAAUUUGUUGACAAAGUGGAGUGUUCCCGAGAUAAGGCCAUUUAUUGUCGAUGUGUCAACUUUACAGCGGAAAUAAAGUAUAUAACGCUACUCUACCGGCGUUUAUGGAAGGCUUCUAGUUGAGUAUGGUUGUGUCGUCCGAAUUAUCUGCUUGCAUGAACUAGAUACACAUUUAUUCCUUCUUUUUAUGUGUUAUUCAAAGUUCAAAUAAUGUCAGCAAGCAACGGUACAACACCUGGAAAGUUGAGGGGUCCAGGAAGACCUCCAAAAAAAAUCAUCUCCUGUACAUGGUGCAAUGAAAGUAAACUUCCUCUCAAAUAUGUUUUGCCAACAACAAAUGGUAAAAAAGAGUUUUGUUCAGAGACCUGUUUAGCGGAAUUCCGAAAAGCUUAUGUGAAAGGAGCUUGUUUACAAUGUGAUAACGUGAUAAGUGGAAAUAAUAGUGUUUCUAAAGAGUAUUGUUCCUUAUUUUGCUUGAAUAAACACCAAAAGAAAGAUUUAAAAGUAGCAACAGUAUCCCCUAAUCUAGAAGGCUCACCAGGGCCUUUUCAAUAUGAGACAUACCAACCUUUUGACUGGGAAGAAUAUCUGAAGGAGACAAACAGUGAACCUGCACCUCAACAGUGUUUUAGACAAGCUGCUAAUCCACCUGUUAACGAUUUCAAAGUUGGAAUGAAAUUAGAAGCUUUAGAUCCUAGAAAUGUUACAUCUACGUGUAUAGCUACUGUAAUUAGUAUUCUAGGACCUAGGUUAAGGCUCAGAUUAGAUGGUAGUGAUAAUAAAAAUGACUUUUGGAGGUUAGUUGAUUCUAGUGAGAUUAAUGCUAUCGGUCAUUGUGAGAAAACUGGUGGAAUGCUACAGCCACCUUUAGGGUUCAGAAUGAACGCAAGUUCUUGGCCGAUGUUUCUGCUCAAAACCUUGAAUGGAGCAGAAAUGGCACCAUCUAAAAUAUUCCAGAAAGAACCCUCAGGACCUGGAGUGAAUCUUUUCGAAGUUGGUCAAAAGCUAGAAGCGGUUGACAAGAAAAACCCCCAGUUGAUUUGUUGUGCAACUGUGGGUGCUGUAAAAAAUGAUCAAAUACAUGUUACAUUCGACGGUUGGAGAGGAGCGUUUGACUAUUGGUGCAGGUUCGACAGCAGGGACAUUUUCCCUGUUGGGUGGUGUGCAAAAUCGGGGCAUCCGAUGCAACCCCCCGGCCAAAAGAACCACGCUGGGGCCAGAUUUCGAAUAAGGCCAGCUCCUUUGCCUGUACCAGUGCCGGUUAACACUUCCACUACUACCGAAUCUUUAGAGGCUGACACAUCAGCCCCUCCGCCACCUCCGAUAGUUAUCCACAUCAGGAAAUUGUGCAAUGGGGGUCCACUCAUCGAUACUAACCAAUUACCGAACACCAUCGAAGAGACCAUUCCUGUUGCCCUAGUCAAGAAGCUCAUAGGGAAGCUUUUAGACGCAUCACAUAAGUUUGAGACAAUACUAGCAAGACUCGGCGCUUUGCAAGGGGAAGAAAUGGCUAUUAGCCAUAGCGGAUCAACGUACACUAUCAAAUUACCAUCGGUUGCUAAAUUGGGCUCCGUGGAAGUUGUGUUUUCUCUGUUAGCCACCGCGUUGGGAUGUUGUCAGAAUCUAUUCAAGUUGGAAACACCGUUGAAUGAAUGCCCCUCGUGUGAUAUAAAAGUUGAGCCUUCUCCGCCCAAGAAGAAACCUCCAGUAGAGCAAGAACCCGCCAUUUCUACCACACCAGUAGCGGCCGACACAUCUACAUCUGCCGAAACAACGUUGGCCAACAUAAACAGGAUACCGACGCAAGAGUGGGGCAUCGAAGAAGUGAUUCAAUUCAUCGAGUCCACAGAUCCUUGUUUGGGGGUUCACGCAGAGCUUUUCAGAAAACACGAAAUAGACGGCAAAGCCCUACUUCUCCUAAAUUCAGACAUGAUGAUGAAGUACAUGGGUCUCAAGUUGGGACCGGCGUUGAAAAUAUGCAACCUUGUGUCCAGGAUAAAAGGUAGAAGGCACAUGUAAACGCGAGGUUUGUAGUUUUUUUGCUCGUUAUUUCCUCGAUGAAACUUUGUAAGUUAAUGUAAGUAGUCUACGAUAACAACCGUUCUUUCGAGUAAACUGUGAGUGAGCACUUCUUGCUAGAGAUUUCAGAGGUCGAUGAAAAUGAUGAAGGGCACAAGUUUGUUAGAUAAAAUGGGAUGAUUUGACGAAGGCGGUUCAGGAUGAUUCUCAGUUUUAAUUUGUGACUGAUUUUGUUAUCUUUCUUUGAUCUUUUUUUAUUUAGCAACGUUGAAACUGCUUGGAUCAACGAUACGUCACAUGGAUGAUUUUAAUUGUCACGUCAUCGAAAAAAAAUCUGAAUUAAGCCUUUUUUGUUUUUCAUGAUCUGAUAGUCUCACCCUCAUAAGGUGCAUACUCGAUUUUUUAGUAUACUGAGAGAAAUGAAUCUCUGAAUGAUUAUGUGAUAUAUUUCUUCUUUUCCUUGUUAUUUUCCCCAAACUAAUGGCCCCAUCUGGAAAUUUAUUUAAAUCAAACACUUCUGAAUAUUUAGGAAAUCGUAGUCGCUGUGGUGUUAUGAAAAGACCGUAAUAAAAUGAUAAGGGUUAAUCUAUCUUAAAUUUUCGUACAAUCGAAGCUUUUUUCAUUGUAGGAGUUAAUAAACAACACCUUUUCUACACAAUAAAUUUAGCUUGAUAUCGAGUAUUCGGAAUUCCACACAAAAACUUAAUCCUCAACAAUUUUUUUAUGAGCUCAAUCUUUUUGGAUCGAGUGUUUGAUUUCGGGCCCUCUCCAUCAUCUGGCUAUUUAGAUUUAAAACAGUAUGCCAUUUAAAAUUUUAUUGUUUUUCCAUUCCUAUUUUAUUAUUAUGGAGUUAUAUAUUUAUAUAUAUGUAUCGAUGUGAAGAAAGAGUUCUUUUUUGUUUGUUUAAGUUGUACGCAUUUUUCGUAUGUUGCUUUAUUGAGUUGCUUCUGAAGACAUAUCAUAAGAUAGGGGAUUGUGGAAAGAGUUCGGAUGUUGUAAAAAUCGUGUAUAUAUAUUUGCGAUAAAUGGACUUUUGUAUAAAGUAUUUUAAAUCUAAAUGGCCUUUUUGUGAAAUCGUUUAGAUUAUCCUAUCCAUGGUAGGAAUGGAUGUACAGCAAAGAAUAUAUAUUUGAAGUUUACUUAUAUAUUUUCAUAGAAAUGUAAAAACUUAUGAUGUUACGUGAAUAUACUUCAUUCAAAUACACUGAUGCAAAGAAAAA